GACGACUGAAAGAGAAAAGGGAGAAAGAUAGUCUCAAAAAUUGAACCCCAUACAAAACACUACUACCCUCGGCUCGGAACUAAGGUCCGGCGAAUAUGGAUGAACUUAAACAUCAAGUAAUGAUAAACCAGUUCGUCCUGACAGCUGGAUGCGCGGCAGAUCAGGCAAAGCAGCUACUGCAAGCGGCACAUUGGCAAUUUGAGACAGCCCUCAGUGCCUUUUUCCAAGAGACUAAUAUCCCUUACGGUCACCAUCAUCAAAUGAUGUGUACUCCAGCCAACACGCCUGCGACUCCUCCAAACUUCCCAGACGCUCUCACGAUGUUUUCUCGGCUCAAGGCCUCGGAAAGCUUCAGCAGCAGCAGCCCCGGCAUGGCCUCCAUGGCCACCUCUCCACCACCGCCCCCCGUCGGCUGGGGCAUGACUCCACCCGUGCCCAGCCAACAGGGCUUAUGGACUCAGGGGCAGCCGCCCACACAGCCCCACCCUCCCCCGGGCUGGCCCUCCACCGUUAACCAGCAAGCAGCCGCCGAACAGAAGGCCAGCGUCACCAUGGAAGCGGAGAGAUGAGGGCCUGGACUGUGUGGCCCUCUUCCCGCACUCACAGGGUGGACAGGGCAGGAGACGGG